AUGCAGGUUCCCCCCAGGCCCGUCGGAGCUCACGGAUUCUACGUGCGUAAUUACGCACCGGCGUCGCUGUACCCGCAACACCCCGGAGCUCCGUGCGAGUCCCCAGCCAAGCCCGCCGGCGGGAAAUCCUUCACCAUCGAGGCUUUGCUGGCCAAACCGGAGGACGCCGCCGGCGACCGGGAGAGUCCUGCUCAGCGCGGAGCCAAGCCGCAACCCGCGGCCCCCGCCGCGCCUCUCGGCGGCCUGCAGACGGCCCCGGCAGCCUUCGGCUACUCUCCAAACCUGCUGCACUCAGCCUUCCACGCGCAUCCUGGAUACUCCCUGUACUGCUGCCCGUCCUUCUACCAGUCCUCGUGUCGCGGCGCGUUUUACGCACAAGCUCCGGCCUCCAGAGCCAGCGCGGGCCUGCACGCCUUCAAGAGCAAGAGCGGGAAGUCCAAACGGAUGCGCACGAGCUUCACCAGCGAGCAGCUGUCCCGGCUGGAGAAGGAGUUCGCGCGGCAGCAGUACAUGGUGGGGUCGGAGCGGUUCCUGCUGGCGUCCGCGCUGCAGCUGACCGAGGCGCAGGUCAAAGUCUGGUUCCAGAACCGGCGCAUCAAGUGGCGCAAACAGAGUCUGGAGCAGCAGCAGGCCAAGCUGGCCAAGCUGGGCCUGGCCGCCGCCCCGGAGAGCCCUGGGUCCCCGGGCCGGCGGCGCGGCGGCGGCGAGGAGUCCUCUGACUCCGACGUGGACAUCGACGCGUCGGACGACUCCGCUGACCCCUGA